GCGAUCGGUCGUUGCGUGUAGGGCACUGGAGCGGUUGCGCGGAGUGACAUCGGCAGGUAUCCGGUGAGUGAGCCUGAGAGAGAACGAGGGGAGAGCAAGUCCUCGGGGCCGGAGGAAGAGAUCGGGAGCGAAGAUGCUCAACAUGUGGAAAGUCCGGGAGUUGGUGGAUAAAGCCACCAACGUGGUGAUGAAUUAUUCAGAGAUCGAGUCUAAGGUUCGAGAGGCGACCAACGAUGACCCCUGGGGACCUUCUGGGCAGCUCAUGGGAGAGAUAGCCAAGGCCACUUUCAUGUAUGAACAGUUCCCAGAGCUCAUGAACAUGCUGUGGACAAGAAUGCUGAAAGACAAUAAGAAGAACUGGCGCAGAGUUUACAAGUCCUUGCUGCUGCUGGCUUACCUCAUACGGAACGGAUCGGAGCGGGUCGUCACAAGCGCCAGGGAGCACAUUUAUGACUUACGAUCCUUAGAAAAUUACCACUUUGUAGAUGAAAACGGCAAAGACCAAGGUGUCAACAUCCGACAGAAAGUGAAAGAAAUGGUGGAGUUUGUCCAGGAUGAUGACCGCCUUCGAGAGGAGAGAAAGAAAGCCAAGAAGAACAAGGACAAAUACAUUGGAGUGUCUUCAGAAAGUCCCGGGGGGUUCAGAUACAAUGACCGAUAUGACACAGAGCCUCGAUCCAAAUGGGAUGAAGAGUGGGAUAAAAGUAAGACAGGAUUCCCCUUCAGCGAUAAGCUAGGGGAGAUAAGCGAUAAGAUCGGGAGCACUAUAGAUGACACCAUCAACAAGUUCAGGAGGAAAGAUCGAGAAGAGUCUCCAGAGAGAGGAAGUGACAGCGAAGAAGAGCGGAAAAACAACCGAGUGAAACAAACAGGAGAGUUCAAAGAUGAGCAGGAGACGGUCACCACCAAGCACAUCCACAUCACUCAGGCCACUGAGACCACCACCACCCGCCUCAAGCGUACAGGAAACCCAUCCAAAAUUGAUCUUGGCGCAGCUGCACACUAUACCGGAGAUAAAGAGAGUCCAGAGCUCACCUCAUCUGCCAGCCAUCCAGCUACAAACAAGGCUACUUCUAGUGAGGGCAGUAAAAAAGCAUCCAAUGAUCUGGUGGACCUACUGUUCGAAUCAGAAUCAAAAUCAGGCUCCACUUCCGAUCCGUUUGGUGGUUUUGCAGACUUCAAUUCAUCAGCUGCUCAGUCUUCCGUCAUCCCAGCAACACAAGGCUCAACAGCAACUGGUAAUGGAGAUUUUGGGGACUGGGGUGCCUUCAGUCAGCCAGGAACAGCCCCAUCUGUACCUCCGACCGAUUUAUUUGCAGUCUCGCAACAGAGUACCGACUUAUUUGCUGCUUCCCAUCCGCAACCCACCCCUGCUGCCUCCAACACAACAGACCUCUUUGACCUCAUGGGACCUACACAUGCUACUAUGAGCACAUCCCAGAGUAUGAACCUGUCUAUGAUGAGCUCUAGUUCUGUGGGAGUGACGCUUUCCGCGUCAAGGUCUCAGCCCUUGCAGAACAUCAGUCUACACAAGCAAAACACAUUGCCUGCACAGGGAACAGACAUCAAGGUUCAAGGAAAAUCGCUCCCAUCCACCUGGUCUGACCCCAGUGUCAACAUCUCCCUGGACAGUCUCAUACCAGGCAUGCAGCCCUGUAAACCAUCUCAACCCUCUUUGAAUGCCAUGAUGCAGCAAAAUAUGCCGCAGCCUAUAGGGAUGUUGCCACAGAGCUUUGCAAAUAUGAACAUCGGUGGAACCCCAGGCAUGAUGCCCGUCCGACCUCAAACCAGCCCCAUUAUGCCCGGUGGCAUGGGUAUCCCUAACAUGAUGACUGGCACUAUGGGUAUGGCAGGAGUCCCUCCCAUGAUGAACCAGGGGGUGAUGGGCAUGCCCACCACUAUGGGAAUGCCUAUGGGAUUAGCCCCUGGAGUAAUGCCACCUAAACAAGAUGCCUUUGCAAACUUUGCCAACUUCAGCAAAUAAAAGCUUUAUGCAGCCGAUCCCACACAGAUGGAAUAUUGAAGGAUUUUCAACUGCGCACACACACGACGAAGGAAAAUUGGGGGGGACCUGGAGGACUAGAAACAGUCUGGUCCUCCAUGAAAAAAAUAUCUUUUAUAAAUUAAUAAAAAUGAACUUCCAGGCGAGCAGUUUGUAGAGGUGAGACUCUGGACGGUCUGGAGAGAGACUGCUCUGUAGUGAGCACUAUUGCCUUUAUGUACCAGAUCGGUUUAAGUGGGUACACAACGUCUGCUAUCAGGGUACGUGACAGGGCGCCUUUAUUAUUUUUUUCCCCCCUUCUCUCUCUUUUAGGUUUAUAAAUUACCUGGAUGGGAUUUGAUAGACCUACACAUUUAAUCUCUACAUUCCCAACCUCAUGAACAGUAUCGGCUCCUCAACUCAAUUGGGAAUGGCUUCUUUUUUUAUGUAGUGUAAUAUACAAGAAAUUUUCUAUUUUUCUCUAACGUGACUUAGUUUGUUUCAGUUAUUGCUGCUUCUAAGUACGUAUGUCCUGCAGUGUAGACCUGCUGUCUCCCAUGCUCACCACAUACCCAAGGGCCAUGAGGUAUAUAGCUGGAAGCAGGACACUGUUCUUCAGCAUCCAUCAGUAUGUUCGGGGUGUU